CCUAGAUUUAAUAUAAUUUUGAAAAAGUUAGUAGUUUUCCCUGAUCACUGUGGCAUGUAAUAAAUUACUGAACCGUUACGACCUUUGACUGUCAACAUUGGUGAUAACUAGGCUCGAACCAGACGCAGCCUUUUUUUCUGCCAUCGGACAAGAUGAGGACUGAGCUCUGUCAGUUCAGUGGAUUGAAGAUAUACCCCGGUCACGGGAAGCGUUUUGCUCGUCUCGAUGGCAAGGUGUUCAACUUGUUGAAUGCAAAAUGUGCUGCUCUUCUUGUAAAAAAGAAGAAUCCCAGGAAAAUAAGCUGGACUGUGUUGUAUCGUAGGAAACACAAGAAAGGCACAAUGGAAGAAGUAGUCAAAAAGAGGACACGUCGCACACAGAAGUUCCAGAGAGCCAUUCAGGGAGCAUCAUGGAGUGAAAUUCUUGCAAAGCGUAACCAAAAGCCUGAAGUGCGUAAAGCACAAAGAGAGCAAGCAAUCAGGGUUGCCAAGGAGAAGAAGAGGCAGUCUGAGCAAACAAAGAAAUCUCAAAAGCCACAGAAAUCACAACCAAAAAUGAAAACUGCUCAAAAAAUGAGAAAAGCUGCUCCAACCAUGUUUAGUGGCAAAAAAUAAAUUCUAUAAUGUGGAACAGUACAAAAAUUUCCUGGCGUCAGCAA